AUCAGCUGCUAGGCUUAAGCGUCGAUCACGUGACCUGCCUGGGUCGAGAGGAGGAAGUGGAGGUACCGAUACGUACCGUGUUCAUCCUUCAUAAACUACCCGCACAGCAGCAUUUAUUCUUGUCUAUUCGAACGCAUAGUGUUACAAAGAAAAAGGUCCUCAAAAUGGCUGAGGAGCACACUCACUGCAUGUCCUGUUUCAACCUCAGAUGCACGGUCAGACCUCAGCCAGGCAUUUCCUGCGAACUCAGCGGCUGCCCUUUAGCGUGCGGCGUGGCCUUUCACUCGUGCAAAGCCGAGGAGCACCACCUCCUGUGCCCGCUGCUGAGGGUGCCGUGCCUGAACAGCGCGUCCGGCUGCCCUGCUGCCGUGGCGCGCAACCAGAUGUCGGCGCAUUUGGAGGUGUGUCCGGCCGGGGUGGUCUGCUGCACCAUGGAGUGGAACCGUUGGCCGGUCAGCUGCACGGACUACUCUUCGUACGAGCGCCUGAGUCGCGGCGUGGGUGAAGCGGAGCAGCUCGACAUGGCCCUCGCCCUCCAGGACCAGUGUACUCUACUGGAGUCGCUCAGGUUGAUUGCCAUCGCACCCGCUAUCAAGAGGGACUCCCCCGACCCCGCAAGUAAGCUGGCCAGGGUGACGGCUCUGGGAUCGUCUGGGUUGCGAACGGCGAGGGAGCGGAUCGCCGGGGGUAUUAACGGACUGGACGUGGAGCACUACCCUGAAUUAUACGAGGCCUCUCUGGAGACGGCGAGGAGCUUAGCCAGCACUUUGGAGCUGCUUAGCGGUGCAAACUCAUCUGAUAGCCAUGUUGAAGGUGUGAGAGCUGAAGCAAUGACGCUGGUGAGCAGAUUGGACCAACUAGUGCAGCUUCAAAACGGGCGAAUCCCGGGUGAGGCUAUGGAAGAAACUAGUUCAUCAACAAAUGGCUGCUUGGAGGACUUGGUUGCUUCUCAGACUUCUUUGCACAAGGUGGCACAGAGUAAGAGAGACAACCUGCUUCGUGGUGCUGAUUCAGUAGAUGAAGGUGUGGGAGUACAAGCCACUUGGCAGGCCAGCAGACUCGACGGACCGAUGCAGUUUCAGAACGGACAAAACACAAACGAAUCUAUAGAAAAAGAAAUGAGUUUGUUAAUCAAUGAAUGUCUAGAGGACUUGGUUGCUCAGGAGGUGGCCACGCCCCCUUUGAGGCCUCAGGUGGCGCUACAAGAUAGAGGGAUGGUUCUGGAAAACCACAACCCAGAAGAUCAGAUGCUCCCCUGUGGCCAGAGUCACAUGGAGACCAAGACCGAGGACAAAGCGGCGGACACCUCGGAUCUUGAACAGGAGGACGAUCCCACAGGACUUGGAGAAAUGGACUUGAUCACAGCCGCCUUGAUCUUCUGCCUGGAGGAGUCCAGAGAGGACAGAAGGAUUUCAGGUACGCUGCACCUGGACGACCGUCAGGUCCACUCGGGCACUCAGACGUUCCCGUUCCCAGCGGCCGUGCUGGUCACAAACACGAGGGUCGGCGAUAUGGCCUCGGCGUCCGCCUGCGACCACGCCUCCCCGCAAAUCUCCUGCCCCAGCCCCUUCCACGUCCUCCGCCUGGGCCUCGUUCAAGAACCCCUGGAGGGCAUCCCGAGCAACUACUCGGUUCCAGGCAACGCCCGCUAUCAACACAUGUUCCCCUUCGUGUGCGCUCAGUCCUUCCGCCGCAAUGAGUUUUCUUCGCACUUCACCAACGUCCACGGCGACAUUCACGCUGGGCUUAACGGCUGGAUGGAGCACCGUUGCCCACUGGCUUUUUACGGCUGCACCUUCUCCCAGCGGAGGUUCUACCCUACAUCCCCGGGGGCCAGGGUGGUCCACGACAGGCUCCUGAGGUCCUUCGGGGUGCAGCCUCAUCUCGGGGCCAAACUCUCGGUCGAUUCCCAGUCGGACCAGUUCAGUAAACUACCCUUGGAGAUACUGUCGCACAUAGCUGGCUUCCUUGAUAGCUUCAGCCUGUGCCAACUGUCUUUGGUGUCGCACACCAUGAGGGAGGUGUGCUCCGGUCUACUCCACACCAGAGGUAUCGUGGAACUGCAGUGGGAGAGCAGGCAACGCUCUGUCGGUCACAAGAGUUCGUCGUGGCAGGUUAAACACAAAGUGUGGCGGUUCAGCACAGCGUUCAGCCCGGUUCUGUCGUGGGGCUUCGCAGACAUCCCCAGCAUGUCAAACCACCUGAAGAAGUGCCGGUACAACACGGUGGUGAACCGGACAGAGCCGGUGCCUCUCCCCGCCAUGGGCCUGUUGCAGGAGCACAUGACCAACCUCCGAAAAUAUCGGUGGUCAGAAGAUUAUUAGCAGGGGAUCCAAGCACUGAAGCAUCUGAAGAUGCACUUCAAAAGCAAUCAGAACACAAAAAGGCUGAAACACAAUCAUCUACUUCUACAUCAUUCCCCCAAAAAAUAUUUCAAAGAAAUUACACUACUCACAAUAUUUUUAAUCUAUAUUAAUUGACUGUUAAGCCAUUCGUCUAUGUUGUGAAAUUAUUUUGAGAAUUAUUAGCCGAUGUAUUUGUUUCACUUUAACAGUCUGUUGAAUCAAAUAAAGAUUAUGUUUUUA